CAGUGUACGGAACAGUUGGUAGUACGCUCAUUGCCCAGAAAUGGUACUCCUCGAAAUUUGUGUGGCCCUUGUGGUCAUCGGUUAUCUGAUCUACAAGUGGAGCACGGCCACCUUCAAAACCUUUGAGGAGAGGCAGCUAUACUUCGAAAAGCCGUACCCCUUUGUGGGUAAUAUAGGUGCAUCAGCCAUGCAGCGGGCCUCCUUCCAGAAACAACUCACCGAGUUCUACGAACGCACUCGUGAACACAAGCUGGUGGGCUUCUUCAACCUGCGCACCCCCAUGAUCACGCUCAACGACCCGGAGCUGAUCAAGAAGAUCUGCGUCAAGGACUUCGACCACUUCCCCAACCACCAGCUCUUCAUCAGCUCCAACGAGCGUCUGAUCAACGACAUGCUCAGCGUGAUGAGGGACCAGCGGUGGAAGCACAUGAGGAACACCCUCACUCCGGUCUUCACGGCGGCCAAGAUGCGCAACAUGUUCACCCUGAUGAACGAGAGCUUCGCGGAAGCCUCCGGCAGAAAGGGAUUCGAGGUAGACAUGAAGGUACUGUGCAACAAGCUCUCCAACGACAUCAUCGCCACUACCGCAUUCGGACUGAAGGUGAACUCGUACGACAACCCGGCAAAUGAGUUCUACGAGAUCGGGCAGUCGCUGGUCUUCUCCCGAGGACUCCAGUUCUUUAAGUUCAUGCUGUCCUCCUUGGUGCCCAAGAUUUUUGGCUUUUUCAAACUUACUAUCUUCGACUCCGCCAAGGUGGAUUACUUUGUUCGCCUGGUGGUGGAUGCCAUGCAGUACCGGGAGAAGCACCACAUCACCAGGCCCGACAUGAUCCAGCUUCUGUUGGAGGCCAAGAAGGAGUCGGAGGACAACUGGACCGACGAUGAGAUCGUUGCCCAGUGCUUCAUUUUCUUCUUCGCCGCCUUCGAAAACAACUCCAAUCUGAUCUGCACCACCGCCUACGAACUGCUCCACAAUCCCGAUAUCCAGGAGCGUUUAUAUGAAGAGGUGAAGGAAACCCAAGAGGCACUAAAGGGUGCACCUCUCAGUUACGACGCCGUGCAGAAGAUGACCUACAUGGACAUGGUCAUCUCCGAGUCCCUUCGCAAGUGGACUCUGGCCGCCGCCACCGAUCGCUUGUGCUCCAAGGACUACACGCUCACGGAUGAUGAUGGCACCAGGCUGUUCGACUUCAAAGUAGGCGACCGGGUCAACAUACCCAUUUCUGGGUUGCAUUGGGAUGACCGCUACUUCCCGGAACCCAGAAAGUUUGACCCGGAGCGAUUUAGCGACGAGCGAAAGGCUGACAUAGUGCCCUACACCUACUUGCCCUUUGGCGUGGGACCCCGGAACUGCAUAGGAAACCGAUAUGCCCUGAUGCAGGUCAAGGGUAUGUUAUACAAUCUGCUGCUGCAUUACAAGAUCGAGGCGUCUCCGAGGACCACAAAGGAUCUGUGGGGAUCCGCGCGUGGAUUCAACUUUACUCCUAGGUCCGGGUUCUGGAUGCACUUGGUGCCGCGAAAAUAGGCUGACUGAUCGGUUAGUUGCUUACAAAUAUGUAUAUGUUUUCUGCUUAUUAUGUGCACACACUAUUUAAUAUCAAAUAAAUAAAAUAUGGAAGAACCUAUUAAUUAAUCAA